AUGCCGCCGAUCCGGGUGCUGACGGCGCUGGACCAGGCGCGCACGCAGUACUACCACUUCAAGGCCAUCGUCAUCGCCGGCAUGGGCCUCUUCACCGACUCGUACGACCUCUUCUGCAUCGCGCCCGUCAUGAAGCUCAUCGGCCGCGUCUACUACGCGCCUGCGGACGACCCCAGCAGGGUCGACGACGACGGAGGCCGCCCCCGCCCGGGCGUCACGCCGCCCGCCGUGGUGUCCGCCAACGUGGGCGUGGCGCUGCUGGGCGCGGUGGCCGGGAACCUGGUGUUCGGCGCCUUGGGAGACCGCGCGGGCCGGCGCCGCGUCUACGGCGCGUCACUGCUCCUCAUGCUGUGCGCCUCCGUGGGGAGCGGCUUCUCCGUGUGCCGCACCCGCGGCUGCGCGCUCGCCAGCCUCUGCCUCUUCCGCUUCUUCCUCGGCGUCGCCGUCGGCGGCGACUACCCGCUCUCCGCCACCAUCAUGUCCGAGUUCGCCAACCGCCGCACGCGGGGCGCCUUCAUCGCCGCGGUCUUCUCCAUGCAGGGCUUCGGGAUCCUCGCCAGCUCCAUGGUCAUCAUGGCCGUCGCCGCCGCGUUCGACCGCUACACGGGCCGCCGCGCGCCGCUCGACGACACGCCCGAGGCCGCCGACCUCGCCUGGCGGAUCAUACUCAUGAUCGGCGCCGUACCCGCCGCCGUCACCUUCUACUGGAGGAUGGCCAUGCCCGAGACGGCCAGGUUUACAGCGCUUGUGGAGCACGACGUGGUGAAGGCAACCCACGACAUUGGCCGCGUGCUCGCCGACCUCGACCUGGCCUCGAUCACCGAGGAGGAGGUGGCCGCCUUCCGCCGCACGACUCCUCCGGCGCAGUUCGGCCUCACGACGGCGUCGUCGUACGGCCUCUUCUCGCGCCGCUUCCUCCGGCGGCACGGCCGGGACCUCUUCGCGUGCGCGUCGGCGUGGUUCCUUCUCGACAUCCCCUACUACAGCAGCACGCUGUUCCAGUCCCAGAUCUACCGCCCGUGGUUCCCGCCGGCUGAGCACGUGAACGCGUUCCAGGAGGCCUUCAACGUGGCCAAGUUCCAGGCCAUCAUCGCCGUCGCGUCCAGCAUCCCCGGCUACAUCGUCGCCGUGCUCCUCAUCGACCGCGUGGGCCGACGCCGGCUCCAGAUGGCCGGGUUCUUCCUCAUGGCCGUCUUCCUCUUCGCGCUCGCCGGGCCGUACGACCGUUACUGGCGCGGCCACGCGACGGACGCGUGGUACAUCGUGCUCUACGCGCUCACCUUCUUCUCCGCGAACCUGGGGCCCAACACCACCACCUUCAUCCUGCCCGCCGAGCUCUUCCCGGCGAGGUUCCGGUCCACGUGCCACGGGAUAUCUGGCGCCGCGGGGAAACUCGGCGCGCUCAUCGGCGCCAUCGGCUUCCUGUGGGCGUCGCAGGACCGGGACAGGAGCAAGGUUCUGGCAGGGGCAGGGUACGAGCCAGGCAUCGGCAUGAUGUACGCCCUGAUUAUCCUUGGCGGGAUCUGCCUGCUCGGCCUCGCCGUCACCUACUUGUUCACGCCGGAGACCAUGAGGCGGUCGCUGGAGGAGAACGAGAGCGACAACGGCAACAGCCAAGCUGCCGAAGGCGAUGCCGGCCAGCGCUUCCAGGAACUUGCUGAGCUACCAAAGAGUCCGGCAUCCAUGGUGAGCUCGCACGUCAGCUCGUCGCCAUCCACACCGGUUUUCUGUCUGAAACUGAAACAGUGA